CUUUCUUCGUCCCAAUUCACUACCGCACAGCGCCGAGAGGUUCCAAAAUCCAAUCCCCGAUUUUCCGUCAAAAACUCGCGGCCUAAGCGAUGGAAAACAAACCUUCCGGUUCUUCGCCGACAAGCUUCCUCGAUCAGUUAGUCGUACCGGGGGACGUGGUUCUGGAUCUCUCAAACUUGACCAACCAAACCAUAAAGCUCGGCGGUGGUCUCCGUCAGGAUUGUGAUUCCAUUGUCGUCGUGAAGGCCGGGAAGCUCAGGUUCACAAAGCCAAACAAAUAUUGGGUCGAGAGCUCCAACAAAAGGUAUGAACCGCAUGCAGGGGAUUCUGUUCUUGGAAUUGUGGUAGACUCUAGAGCAGAUAACUUCCUUGUGGACAUAAGAGGACCUGCAUUGGCAUUUUUGCCCGUGCUAGCAUUUGAAGGAGGAACAAGGAGAAACAUACCAAAGUUUGAGGCAGGUACUUUGCUCUAUGUUCGGGUUGUGAAGGCAAACCCUGGCAUGAAUCCAGAGCUCUCAUGCACUGAUGUCGGUGGAAAAGCAGCAGAAUUUGGCCAGCUUAAAGACGGCUUCAUGUUCGAAUCUUCAACUGGUCUAUCAAGAAUGCUUCUGAGCUCACCGACAUGUCCAGUUCUUGAGGCUCUAGGGAAGCAGCUUUCCUUUGAGAUAGCAGUUGGAUUAAAUGGCCGUGUUUGGGUCAAUGCCACCACUCCAUCUACAGUCAUUGUUGCUGCUAAUGCAAUUAUGAACUCAGAAUCAUUGAGUGGGGUGCAGCAGAGAAUUAUGGUGGAGAAAUUGCUGCAGAAUUUAAAGUUAUCAACGUGAUGAAAAGAAGAGAAAAUACAUGCUUCGUAGCUGUCAAAUUUACCCAGUGUCUCUUCUACGAGAGGAGCAUGGUGUCACGUGGGGUUUGCAUUACAAAAUACAACAAAUUCUGUCCAUUCCGCCCCCCGUCGCGGAAUCCCAUAUGAAAUGGGUUUGUCAAUACCAAUGCGGUUGUAUUUUUUGUUGGCUAUUUUUACUAACUUGGAAGUUUAUUAUAUUUUUGCUUUUAUUGGGUUUAUCCUUUAGAACUGGGGGAGAGAGUUUUACACUGAUACGGUGAUACCCAUAACUUCAAGGCAGAUUAAUUUGUAAGAAUUAUCUGUCCCUCUCUGAAGGGCAGUCUCCAUCAAAAUUGGCUGGCAUUUGUUAAGUGUUUUGGUUCAUGGAUUCA